CACCGGGCCUCAGAGCUGUAGUUCUCUCGCUUACUCUGGGGAAAAUGUCUCGUUAAUAAAUACUCCAGGUGUGAUAACUAGCAGCCAACGAUGUAUAAUUUGUGCAAGACGACCCACCCUACCCUGGGGGUGGAGUUGUCCAUGUACUGCAACUUCUUCAACCAUAGAGAGAAGUCCCUCGUUGUCGCCGGAGCCAACAUUGUCAGGGUGUUCCGACUGGUGGCUGAGGUGCCCCUGAAAUCCAAUAAAAGAGAUGACAGGCCAGUUCUCAUAGAUAAUAUUCCUCCAAGGGUGAAGCUGGAAUGCAUGGCCACAUACAAGUUGCACGAUAAUGUAGCAACGAUGGCAUCAGUGUCGCUCUCUCCCCUACGAGACUCCGUACUGCUGGGAUUUCGCGACGCUAAACUCUCCCUGGUGGAAUACGACCCUUACAACCACCACCUCAGAACUGUAUCACUUCAUUAUUUUGAAAAGGAGGACAUCAGGGGCGGCUGGGUCCAAACUGUAACUCUACCAUUGGUUCGAGUUGAUCCUGAAGGAAGAUGUGCAGCCAUGUUAAUAUAUGGAAGAAAAAUAGUCAUUCUGCCUUUCCGAAGAGACUUGACCACAGACGACAUAGACUACAGCACGUCAAACUGGAGAGGUCCCGUCCUGCAGUCCUAUAUCAUUGACCCUAAAGAUUUUGAGGCACCCUGCAUAGAUAAUAUUAUAGACAUGCAGUUCCUCAAUGGCUACUACGACCCAACGCUCAUGCUGCUCUACGAACCUAUUAAAACUUUCCCGGGGAGAGUAGCGGUGCGUCAGGACACGUGUGCUCUGGCAGCCAUCUCCCUCAACAUACGACAGCGCCUCCAUCCCGUGAUCUGGUCUCUGACUUGUCUUCCGCACGACUGUCAGAAACUCUUGCCGGUGCCUAAGCCUAUUGGGGGCGUGUUGCUCUUUGCUUCCAACUCCCUCACGUACCUCACUCAGUCUGUUCCUCCUUAUGGGGUCUCUCUCAAUUCCAUGGGAGAUAAAAAUACUAAUUUCCCAUUGAGAAAGCAAGAAGGUGUUGUGAUCUCAUUAGACUGUGCCUAUGGAGAGUUCCUGACAGAGGACAGAGUGGUAAUCUCUCUCAAAGGGGGCGAGUUGUACGUUCUCACCCUAGUGGCAGACUCCAUGCGGUCUGUGCGCAGCUUUCACUUUGACAAGGCUGCAGCGUCUGUGUUAACGUGUAGUAUGUGUGUGUGUGAAGACCAGUACCUGUUCUUGGGGUCCAGAUUAGGCAAUUCUCUCCUCCUCCGCUACACAGAGAAGGAGUUGAGUGAUCCCAUGAGAUCUAGGAGUAACAUGCCAGCUGAUCAAGAACCUCCGACCAAAAGAAAAAAGCUCGAUACAUUAGGUGAUUGGAUUGCCAGUAAUGUGGAUGAUAUUCGGGACGACGAUGCGCUUGAGGUGUACGGCCACGAAGACACCUCAACGGUCCAGCUCGCUUCAUACAACUUUGAGGUGAUGGACAGUUUACUCAACGUUGGGCCCUGUGGUGAUGUAGCCAUGGGUGAGCCGGCCUUCCUGAGCGAGGAAUAUGAGAGCUCGGUGGAUCCCUGCGUAGAGCUCGUCACCACCUCAGGCCACGGCAAGAACGGAGCCUUGUCCAUCCUUCAGCGAUCCAUCAAACCGCAGGUUUUAACAACAUUUGAUUUGCCUGAAGUUGAAGACAUGUGGACACUCGUGGGUAAAGCAGAUGAGCGGAGGAGAAGAGAGGGAGGCAUCCAGGACCAUUCUUUCCUCAUCCUCACCCGGCCAGACACCUCUCUUAUAUUACGCACUGAGGAGGAAAUCAACGAACUGGAAGAGUCGGGCUUCAACACAACCUCAAGAACCGUCUUUGCUGGAAAUGUUGGCAACAAUAGAUACAUCGUACAGGUGACCAGCGGUGGUGUGAGACUGCUGGAAGGUACAGUACAGAUCCAACAUGUUCCUCUGGACGUCGGCUCGCCUCUUGUGGCGGCAACCUUAGCUGACCCCUACCUGGCAGUCCUGGCUAACGACGGCACUCUCAUGAUCUUCACCCUCGUCACGACCCGGUCUCUGCCUCCCAGACUGACCACCAGCAAGCCGAUAAAUGCCGGUAAAUUCCCACUGCAGACUAUAUGUGCGUACUGUGACGUGUCCGGCCUCUUCACAACUCAGUACCCACAAGACAGAGAAAAAGACCCUAAGAUUUUCAGAACAGAUGCAGACAUAAAGAAGGAAUUAGACGACGAGGAUGAGAUGCUGUACGGGAACACAGAUAUCUCGGUGUUCGACCCUCCCAAGACCUUCACCCCACAGGCCAGUCAGGAGAAGAACCAGAACAAUUGGUGGAAGAAGUGGCAGAAGGAGGUCCGACCCACGUACUGGUUGGUCGGGGUGCGGGAGAAUGGCAACCUCGAGCUGUACACACUCCCGGACGUCAGAUUGUGUUACUGUGUUAAAAAUUUCUCCGUUGGACACAGGGUACUAUCAGACAGCAGCCAAACUAGCACUGCACCUUCAAUCCCAAUUCUUGUUGAAAAUCCUCCCACCAUCCACGAGGUCCUGUUGGUUGGGAUGGGUAACAGGAACCUUCGGCCCGUGUUGAUGGCGAGGGUCGACGAGGAUCUCCUUAUGUACGAAGUUUUUCCCUUUUAUGAAAACCUCGCUCCCAUUCAACUCAAAAUUAGAAUGAGGUUAAUCGAGCACAACUUGAUCCUCCGAGAGAAGCGCUCAAGCAGGACCAGGAAACGUAUGGAGGAGGAAGGAGGCCAGGAGAAGAAGAUAGACAGAGUGUCCAAGUUACGUCCCUUCAGCAGCAUCAGCGUGUACAGUGGGGUAUUUAUAUGUGGUCCUUACCCUCACUGGAUAUUUAUGACUGUGAGAGGGGAGCUGAGGUACCACCCUAUGAGCGUGGAUGGAUCUGUCAAGUGCUUCGCCCCCUUCAGGAAUGUCAACUGUCAGAACGGAUUCCUCUAUUUUAACCGCAAGGAAUCCCUCAGAAUCUGCCUAUUACCCACAAUCCUGUCUUACGAUGCUCCAUGGCCAGUGAGGAAGGUGCCACUGAGGUGUACGCCGCACUUCAUCGUCCACCACCUGGAGACCAAGACUUACUGCGUUGUUACGUCGAGCUCUGAACCUACUCUCAAAAUCUGGAAGUUUAACGGAGAUGAUAAGGAGGAAAUACAGGAGGAAAGAGACGAGCGUUUUCUCCAGGUACAAGCGCCCAUGUUUUCCAUCCAGCUCUUCUCUCCAGUCAAUUGGCAGAUGAUCCCCAACACAGAUUACUACUUAGAGGCGUGGGAACACAUCACUUGCUUCAAAAAUGUCAUCUUGGCCUACGAGGGAGACAGGUCUGGUCUGAGGGGCUACCUGGCCCUCGGCACGACCUACUGCUUUGGCGAAGACAUCACUUGCCGUGGACGAAUUCUCAUCUUCGACGUCAUCGAUGUGGUGCCGGAGCCGGGGCAGCCACUCACCAAGAACCGUCUGAAGAUGCUGUACGAGGGGGAGCAGAAGGGCCCCGUCACCGCUCUGGCUCACUGUAUGGGCCUCCUCGUGUCAGCCAUAGGACAGAAGGUGUAUAUUUGGCAGCUGAAGAAUACCGACCUGGUGGGAAUAGCGUUUAUAGACACUCAGAUCUACGUUCACCAGUUAACGUGCAUCAAGAGCCUCAUCCUUGCCGCUGACGUCUGUAAAUCUGUCCUGCUGCUGCGGUUUCAGGAAGAGAACAGAACGCUCUCGCUUGUCUCCAGGGACCUCAAACCCCUACAAGUAUAUGGCGUUCAGUACCUAGUGGACAACUCGACCUUGGCCUUCAUAGCCAGCGAUGCCGACAGGAACCUGGUGGUGUUUACGUAUAACCCGGAGUCACACGAGAGCGCUGGGGGAACACGGCUCAUCAGGAAGGGGGACUUUCACCUGGGGUCUCAUGUUAACUGCUUCUUCAGAAUCCGCUGCCGGCUAGGAGAUGUGUCCAGCGACCGGCGAGCUGGACAGAACAUCGAACGGCGACACAUUACCAUGAUGGCAACUCUCGACGGCUCCAUCGGCUACGUCCUGCCAGUUAGUGAGAGAACGUACAGAAGAUUCUCCAUGAUCUAUAACCUGCUAGUACAACACCUCCCUCAUAUUGCUGGUCUAAAUCCGAAGGCAUGCCGCACAUUCCAAAGCCGCUACAGACUCAACACGAAUCCCUCCCGAGCGGUCCUGGACGCCGAGCUUAUCUGGUCGUACCUGCACCUACCAGCGCCUGAGAAAGUCGAGAUAGCCAAGAAGAUCGGAGCCAAGGUUGACGACAUCAUUGAAGACUUGAUGGAGAUCGACCGGAUGACGGCUCACUUUUAGUCCCAUUAUUCUUGUGGGUGUAGAAUUGAGCCCCAUUUAUUCUUGUAGGUACAGAAUUGAGUUCCAUUUAUUCUUGUAGGUACAAAAUUGAGUCCCAUAUUGUUCCUGUAGGUCAGAAUUGAGUCCCGUAUUGUUCAUUUAGGUGCAGAAUUGAGUCCCAUUUUUUUUAGGUGCAGAAUCAAGUCCCAUUUGUUCCUGUAGGUGUAGAAUUAAGUCCCAUUUGUUCAUGUAGGUGUAGAAUCGAGUCCCAUUUGUUCACCACACACUAGUACUCUUCACCAUACUGCAUUGUCCUGCAGGGUGGCAAGACAGGGCAAUAAUGAUUGAAAUAGACUGAAAUACACCAACCCCCCCGUAUACUGAAAUACUGUAUACACUAAUGUAUAUCCGUAUACAUUCACGGUCAUAAUGUAUACAUGUAUACUUCUACUGAUUUAUACAUAAUCUGCUCACAACCACAGAAUAUUUUAAGUUAUUUUUUAUGUAUGGUUGAAUGGUAACUAUAGCGAUGUGUUUAAUGCUUCCUCCUCUGGUUGAAUGUUUCGAGUGACACUCGACCGAGGUUACGGUAAGAGGACGUUGUCUUUUCCUCUCCGUGACUACCGGUUGAUUAUUACUCGUAGGUAUUGGUCAAGUUCAGUGGGUAGAGCCGUCGGUUUCAUCCUUAUCUGUGAGUGGGCAAUAUGGGUUGAUAACGGAAGGAGCCACAGUGUUCAUAUUUGACAUUGUGUUCAAUAUGAUGUGCUUGUUGAACUAAAUUACUAUUAAAUUUUCAAGGGGGUAAAUUAAGUCAAUAGAUAAUGUGCUACUAUGUGUAAAUUUUCCAUCUACCUGGCUCCUACCUUUUAAUUAACUCUUAAUUGUAUAAGUUUAUGAUGUAGGAAUUUUAAGUUAGUCUGGAGAGAAAAUGUAUAAACAAUUGCUACUGUCCGUUCGCCUCUGAAUCACGAACCCCGACACGUGAAUCCGGAGCAUUUAUGGACAGAAUGAUGUAUCAGUUUACGGCUUCGGGUUCACGAAUCUGAAUCCUGUGGUUCGUGGUUCAGAGGGAGAGGUGAAUGGACUUUAAUGAUUGACUGUACAGGGAAGAGAGACAUAGAUAUUGAUGAACUGCCAGACCAUUAGAGUUUGUGUGUUUGUUGGAUAUUAUUGUUUAUUCCUUAAGAGACAGUGACUUGUUUGCUGUAUUUAGUUUGUACUGUAUUAUUUGUACCUCAAGUAUUUCUUUAUAUUAGUUAAGAUGUUAACAGUACUCACUAUAUACAGUUAUUGAAGUAACUCAGUACAUACAGUGAAGCCUCGUUAGUUGGAGGUUUCUUAUGUAACAAACCUCGAUAUAAUGGACUGUCAUUACUGUAUAGGUCGUUAGAUGGAGGUUUCUUAUCUAACAGACCUCGAUAUAAUGGACUGUCCUCUCUCACAUAAGCCGUUAGAUGGAGACUUCACUUUACUGUACGUCCCUCUUGCACACGGCUCAGCUCUGUACUGUACUUGAUCUUUUAAACCAGAGAGGAAACAUCUUUUAAACCAUCAGAUUAACUAUUUUUAUAUGUACUCUAUUGUGGACGGAGAUUAGUUGCAUAGAUCAAGAGGUAUUCAGUUUUAAGAGGAUUUUGAUGAAUAUUUGAUAAGGUUGAUUUUAUACUUGUAAGACUAAGAGGAAAGGUCAUACCAUAUGUAUAUUUAUAGACUAUUUGACUAUGAAGUUUCUUUGGUAAUAUAUGUAUACUAAGAAAUAC